AUGGGGGUCAUAGUAGUGGUGAGCUGCAUCUUGGUAUUCAUCCUGAUGGAUGUUAUUGUCACCACUGUCAUCUACUUACACGGAUCCCAGACUGCAAUAUUCACAGAGGAUGGGCAGAACUUUGACAUUCUCCACUCCGUCCUGGACCUCUGGGGUACUGUGCUGGUCAGAGUCUGCCUUCUGCUGGGGGCCUCCAUAGGCGUGUUAUGGAACAGAGUGGACGGUCCACACAGGGUUUCUGCCCUGGGGACCCUGACUCUCCUCAUCUGCCUGACCAUCAGUACCUAUGCCUCAGCCAAGCUGCUGAUCCUGUCGGAGCAGGGCGAUCUGGCUCACCAACCCUGGUUUCUUAGCCUGUUCUCCUGGACCUGUGUGUCAGCGCUGGGGACCGUGCUCCUCUGGAGGCUCCUGGGAAGGACUCCCAACACUGUUACUGAAGGAGAGGGAGGUGGUGGUGGAGGAGGACAUGGGGGCUCUGAAGAGAUUGAGAGGCUGGUGGAGACAGCUGGAGAGAAUGGCACUGAAGAGGUGGAGGAGCACGGACAGGAGCAUGGGGGGAAGAAGAGGAGGAGGGCUAGCAGGAAAGGAACACAGGACCAGACGGACUCAGGGGCCACAAUGGGGCGUCUGCUGUCCUACUGCAGUAAAGACGCUGGGCUGCUUUCUGUUGCCGUCCUCUUCCUCCUCAUCUCUGCUGUGUGUGAGGCCUUCAUCCCCUACUACAUUGGGCAGGCUAUAGAUGGCGUUGUUAUUCACAAAAGUAUGAAGUACUUUACCAAGCCCCUGAUCACCCUUACGGUGUUGGCCUUAGCCAGCUCUAUUGCUGUUGGAGUACGAGGUGGUCUCUUUAGUCUAACAUUUGCCAGACUGAAUGUUCGCCUGCGGAACCUUCUCUUCAGAUCUCUGAUGCGUCAGGAGAUAGGCUUCUUUGAUGCUAACCACACAGGUGACAUCACCUCUCGCCUGUCCUCUGACACUACACAAGUGAGUGACUUGAUCUCUCUGAACAUCAACAUGUUCCUAAAGAGUUUGGUGAAGGGCAUAGGGUUCUUCAUCUUCAUGUUCGGGAUGUCCUGGAAGCUGACUCUGGUCACCAUCAUGGGAUUCCCCUUCAUCGCAGUCAUCUCCAAAGUCUAUGGGGAGUACUACAAGAGACUGACCAAAGAGGUCCAGACUGCCCUGGCUCAGGCUAACCAGGUGGCCGAGGAGACGAUUUCAGCCAUGAAGACGGUACGCAGCUUUGCCAAUGAGGAACAGGAGGCUGAUUCCUACUACGGCAGGCUACAGGUCAUGUUUCAGCUGAACAAGAAGCAAGCGUUGGCCUAUGCCCUCUACAUGUGGUCCAGUUGUAUCUCAGAGCUUGUUCUUGAAGUGGCUAUCCUCUUCUACGGCGGUCACCUGGUCGUUACUGAGCAGAUGAGUGGAGGGGGCCUGAUAUCAUUCAUCUUAUAUGAGCUGGAGCUAGGAGAGUGCCUGGAGAGCAUAGCAUCGGUCUACACGGGUCUCAUGCAGGGAGUGGGAGCAGCUGAGAAGGUAUUUGAGUACAUAGACAGGGAGUCCAAACACCCACAUGAUGGGAAAGAGGUCCCUGAUACCUGCAAAGGACUGGUCGAGUUUAAAGAUGUCACGUUUUCCUACCCAACACGGCCGGAAACAGAAAUUCUAAAGAGUGUGUCCUUCACGUUGCGGCCUGGGGAGGUGACAGCCUUGGUGGGACCAUCAGGCAGUGGGAAGAGCUCCUGUGUGGGGCUCCUAGAGAACUUCUACCUCCCACAACAAGGCCAGGUGCUGCUGGACGGCCGGCAGGUGCACACCUACCAGCAUGACCUCCUCCACUCACAGGUAGCACUUGUGGGCCAGGAGCCUGUCCUGUUUGCCCGUUCUGUAGAGCAGAACAUAACCUAUGGCCUGACUGAUAUCCCUAUGGAGGCUGUGGUGCAGGCAGCCACCAAGGCAAAUGCACACGACUUCAUCACCGGUCUAACCAAUGGCUAUGAUACAGGAGUGGGUGAGAAGGGGACCCAGUUGUCAGGGGGACAGAAGCAACGGGUGGCCAUCGCAAGGGCACUCAUCCGCAACCCACAUGUUCUGAUCCUGGACGAGGCCACCAGUGCACUGGACGCAGACAGCGAACAUGCUGUCCAGCAGGCCCUGAACAACAAAAUGCGUCAGCACACAGUGCUGGUGAUCGCCCACCGCCUCAGCACAGUGGAAAAGGCAAACAACAUCAUAGUUAUCAACCACGGCUGUGUGGUGGAGCAGGGGCCACACAACCAACUCAUUGCCAAGGGGGGCCUGUACUGCAAGCUGGUGCAGAGGCAGGUCCUGGGCAUCGAGAUGGGGGCAGAGGUUCUCAACACCCCAGAGAAGCACUCCUGGAAGUCCGAGGGUGGUAGUCAGCAGAGUGGACCUGAUAGCAGCAGUCCCAUCUCUAGGGUGUGAGAGCGUAAUCUACACAACAACAGCGCCGGACACCAAGGAGCGCCAAGAGGCUGGGACCAGCCUGAGCGCCGGCGAAAGGCUGAGCAAGUUUAAACCACGCUCAGCCUCUACUGUGAUAGGCCAACAGACGGGUUGGAACUACGUCUAUCACAGUAUAAGAACAGCCGUUUACUUACCUCCUGCCAGUUCCCUGUUCUACCCUGCGAGGUGUUACAGUGAACCCGUAUAUACGAAAAUUGCAUU